AUGGAGUCAAUGGCGAACGGUUGCCGCGAUUCAGCCGACAACUGUGAGACGAAGUCGUUCGAAUUGUCGAAAACCAACAAAAACGUGCCAGCAUCUCCGGCGGCGGGUACAGCCUCUCCACCCAGACAUGCACUUCUGGCACCUUCUUUCUCCAUUGUGGAAGACACCAAGGGCAGUACUGAUGUGACCCCUCCUCCGGAUAUCCCCCCAUCGGAAGGAGACCCAUGGGGUGACGGCGGCUCGCCCUUGACGGCAAGGUCUGCGUCAUCGCUCGGCCGGCUUGUCCCUGAGCGCACGGCCAGGGCAGAGGAAGAAGCCGCCCGAGGACCACCCGCCGACCGUAGUAGCCACUGGGCCGUGGCGGCGGGGCCGAACAAGGCGCAACGCGAGACAGAAGGGACUCCGCCGACGGGCUCCCUGUCGUUAACCCCUUCAGAGGUCGUCUGGAGAAGCAGCAGCAGCGAUUGCGGGCGAAAGGGCGGCUGCGAGGAGGAAUACGUUGGCCGCACGGAGCGAAGGACGCGAGCUUCUUCGAACCCGGUGCCCAUCGGUGGCGACCUAGGGUCUUCCGGACAAACGAAAGGAACGGGGGGGCAGGAACAAAAGCUCGAUGAGCUGUCCCUGCCGACGCGCUGGACACCGAUCGAAGCGUGUUCUUUGGCAGCAGAGGACGAGAAGGCUCGAUCGGACCAAAACGAGCGGCGACACGAGCGAGGGGCUACGCCGCCGCUCUCUCAAGUCCAUUCCGAAUCUGUGCUACGUGGUAGCCCGAGAGAGCCUACUGGAAAUCUGGAGGGCGAUGGCGGGGCCGGCGGAGACCUGAUGCUCUUCCGGACCGACGUGUCGCGGCAUCUCGUCAGCGGGGAGCAGCCCGCUCUGUUCUUUCUCAGGCCGAGCGAGAACCUGUCCGUGACGCGCAUCGAGGGCACCGGUCGGCUCCUGGUGACGCUGAGGGAAGAGGCAGGCUCGGCGGCGGCUGUCGUGAUAGACGGUGCCACCGUGCAUGAUAGCGCGGCACACUUCGGGCACGAGGCCGUCCAGACGGAUCACCGCUUUCCCUACGUGGCCGGCCACCGCUACGAGUUCCAAGUUGCGCCGGCGCAGGGAGUUGAGCUCGCCGUCCGCGGAGGAGGCGGAGGGGAAAGCCGACAGGGAGCGGAGGCUUCCCAGGGGUGUGCGGCAAACACGUCGUCAGGCUUGCACGUCGUUUUCUCCGUUAUGUCGGCGUACAGUAAAGGGGCUAGAGUGUGCCAAAAGGACGCGAUGCGCUUGUCCCUGCGGACGUUCGAGGCGCCGGCGGCCAACGGCUCCCGGCAGCCGACAAAACCCAAAUCCCCCGCAACAGCAAUGACAAAGGAUCCUCCUACUCCUUCAAACUUAGACGCUUCUGCUACUGCUACUGUGGACGAAGGUAUUUCGGCUCCGCGACGUCCUUCGUUGAAGGAACAGGAUCAUGCCGGCGACCAACGAAGAACCCCUUCCCCCAGCGUAGCUGCGGCGCUUCUUGCCUCCUGUCUUUCCCCCCCGCCGGAGGUAAAACAUAAUCACCUGAUCGGUACCGCGCCGAGAGAGGAACCCUCUGCGCCCACAGCUGGAGUUCAGCCGCCAGCGGCGGCGCCUAAGACCCCGCAGCCAAGCUCCUCGACUAGGACAGCAGCAGCAGCAGCAGCCGAGGGUGGAGGUGUUCAGGGGGGGGUUCGGGGCAGACCCGUGCAAAGCGCCGAGACGACGGGUGGAAAUCAGUCGGCGGGGGCGGCAACGAGAGGCCAGCGCCAACCGGGGUCCGGAGUUGACCCCGCCAGCACUCCGUACGUGACGGUGUCAGGUCGACCGCCUCCGAGCGGCAUGGAGGGAGCGAUCUACCCCUCCGCAGAGCGACUGAGAUGGAACCCCGCCUGGGAGCAACAACGCCUCCUGCCCCAGUCUCCGUCCGCGCCGGCUGAGAUGCUCCCGCCGAGUCACGCGCCGAGCCUCCCCCACAUCCGGCGGCACGUGGACAGCAGUAGUAGCAGCGCCUCACCGCGAUCAACCUUAGGGCGGCUGGAACCUUCGGGGGUGGCAGGGAGCCACCACGUCCCUCGGGACCCGGCUAUCGGUGCACCGCACCGGUAUGUUCUCCCGCCAGGCUACCCUGCCGGCGAACACCCGGUCCAGAGCAAACGGUACGUUGGUGCGGAGGACGCGCCAGGUACUAAGGCCUCGCGCCACUACUACCAGCCUGCCCACGAGGAGCGGCACCACGGAGCCCCUCGGUACCACUAUCACCGUUACGUCAGCGAUGGGCAGAGAGACGUGGCCUCGCCGGGACACCAGGCCGGCGAGGGGGUUCGCGAACUGGAGUGGAACAGGGGUCGACGCAAGGACAGGCACGCGAGCGGGAGGGGCUACCGCGUUUCGCCAGAGCAAGCCCGGGGGGGCCGGCGUCCUAGUCGAUGGAGGGACGAGGCGGAGGAUGGCGAGGAUUGGACCAGAAAUGGUAGGCCCGGUCUUAGGAGGAGAUCCGCAUCACAGGAAGAUCCCCUCGCCGGCGGCGGCGGGGAUCGGUACGGUUCUCAAGCGGCCACUGGGGGAGGCCACAACGGGGAGGAGUACUCCCGACCCUACCGGUUUCACCACGGCAGCAGAAAACACAAGGCCUCGCCUCAGUCCGACGACAACAACAGCGGCGGAUACAAGCACGGCGGCGGUUGCCUCCCUCCUUCGGGAAAGGCUCGCUGGGAGCCGAAGAAGACGGUGGGGGCUGCUGUGUCCCCACACACAUCGCGGCGGCGUACGGUGGUUGCGGCAGGUGUUGCGAUGGGUAGGAAGGCGGCGGGAGAACAGUCGGCUUUUGAGUUGACGGAAGGGGAAGCGUAUCACGUCCGCAACGGAGGAGGCUAUUUGGAGUCGUUGAUCGCGGACAAGGCCCCUUGCAACCGAGGCCUGAACGAGGAUGAUGGGUGGUAUGGCGGUGAACCGGGGCGGCAGCGAACACCUCAAUGGACGGAGAACAAUAUUGGCCGCCAGCCGCCAGGCCGUCAGAACUCACGGCAGGAUAAUACCGGCGGUCCGGCACGGCAGACCGGCAUCACAACCAGUGUUGUUACAAGUAGAUCGGAGCGCAUGCCUCCACGAUGGAUCAAGUUCUAG